AUAAAACGUUUCCGGAGAAGAAGAUUAGCCAAAAUCAGUAUAUAUAGCUUUCUAGUGCAUAGUUGCAGACUUGAACCAAAGAGGACCUUAGGACGAGAAGGAAUCAAUGUGAGGUCCGUUUUCUCUCUCUAACCAACAGCGUUGAAAAUUUGUAAGAGUCUAAACAGUUGAACAAAUCCAGAAAAGAUACAGUUUUUUUUGAGGUUUUCCACAUGUUUGAUUUAUUUUCUAUUAAAUUCAUAUUUCACAUGCUCUGUCUCUAACGUUUUGCUUGUUUUUCUCAUUUGGGUAUAGAAUCUAUAGAUAGAUUGAUUUGAUUUUUUUUUUUUUUUUUUAACGUUUUCUUUCUGGUAGUUGUACUUGUCCCUGUACUUUCCCAUCUGGGUAUCAUUUUCCUUCUAGAAUUUCACUUUCCAUGUGUCUCUCUCAUCUGGGUGUUGUGAUUUGAAACUCUGUUCACACUUUUCUACUUAAUUCUCAUCUGGGUGUUGAUGUUAUGUGAUAUAUAUCUCUCUAUCUUUGGUGUUGCUAUCAAUCCAUUUUCUGUUCACUCGACAAAUUUUUUUAUUUGGAUUUCUUUGGUUUCAAUGUUUUCUAUCAAAUUUUAUCUGUUUUUGUAAUUGGGUUUCUUUUUGUUCCUUACAAAACUCUCUCUCUCUCCCUCCCUCCCUCUUCUUGUGAUGUUCAAAUAAAAUUUAGUACUCUUUGUCUUGUUGAAUUUGGUAUAUUCUUUGUUCACUAAACAAAUUUUCUUAUUUGGGCUUUCAUUGGUUUCAAAGAUUUCUAUCGAACUUCCUCAGUUUUGUAAUUGGGUUUCUUUUUAUUUCUAACAAAAUACCUAUCUCUCUCUCCUUAUGAUGUUCAAAUCAUCAAAUAGAUGUUAAUACUCUUUUUCUUGUUCAAUUGGGUAUCUGUUCUUUUCCUCAGGAAUUCAGUGGCAUACUUGAUGUGUGAAUCUUGAAAGCUUUUUACUGUUUUUUGAAAAAAAAAAAUGAAGUGUUUCUAUUACUUCAAGGAUAGAAAUGAUAGAACCAGUACUAGGGAACAAAGAUCAGCGCCAGAAUUGAAAACCCAGAAUAAAUCUGAUGUGUCUGAUAGGGUGACCAAGUCUUCAUGUUCAGCACCUUCGCCGCGUAGUAUCCCGGAAUUGUAUGAAGAGAAGGCUCAUAACUUGCGAGUCUUCUCCUUCUCGGAGCUAAAGCAGGCCACUAAUAGCUUCAAUAGGUUACUUAAAAUUGGAGAAGGCGGAUUCGGAAGUGUAUAUAAGGGUUCAAUCAAGCCUGUUGAUAAGAAAUGCGAUCCUAUUGUGGUUGCUAUUAAAAAGCUCAAUAGCGAUGGCUAUCAGGGUCAUAAACAAUGGGUAGCAGAAGUACAAUUUCUAGGUGUCGUGGAGCACCCGAAUCUUGUUAAACUUAUUGGAUAUUGUGCUGUAGAUGGUGAAAGAGGGAUCCAACGGCUGCUUGUAUAUGAGUUUAUGCCGAACAAAAGCUUGGAAGAUCAUCUUUUUAGUAGGGCUCAUCCACCUCUUCCUUGGCAAACAAGGUUACAAAUAGUGCUUGGAGCGGCUCAAGGAUUGGCUUAUUUGCAUGAAGAACUAGAAGUCCAGGUGAUAUAUCGAGAUUUCAAGUCAUCAAAUGUGCUAUUGGAUGAGGAUUUCAAACCAAAACUUUCGGACUUUGGGCUUGCGAGGGAGGGGCCAACAGCUGGGCAUACUCAUGUUUCAACAGCGGUUGUCGGGACAUCUGGUUAUGCUGCUCCAGAUUACGUCCAAACAGGACAUUUGACAACCAAGAGCGAUGUAUGGAGUUUUGGUGUGGUAUUGUAUGAGGUCCUCACAGGCAGGCGGUCAUUAGAACGAAAUCUACCCAAGCCAGAACAGAAACUUUUGGACUGGGUGAAACACUUCCCUGCUGGUAGUAAGAAAUUUGGCACGAUAAUGGACUCAAGACUUGAAAAUCAGUACUCUCUUAAUGCAGCUCGAAGAAUUGCAAAACUAGCAGACAGUUGUUUGCUGAAGAGUGCAAAGGAUCGACCAAUGAUGAGUCACGUGGUGGAGGAUUUGAAACAAAUAAUCCAAGUUUCUGAUGAAGGAAGCCCCUCCGAAAAAGGUUUCGAAUGUGAUGAUGAUUCAGUUGACUCGGACGAGAAGUCAAGUCAAACGGGAGCCCCUGAAUCUUCAAAAAGGCGGAUGGCACAUUUGGCUAAACUAAGCGAGGUUGUGGAUGGAGUCGGUAGAAGAAGAUUUAUGAUCAUGCAGAGGGCCAAAGUCCCUUAAAAAGUGUUUUUGCUGCCAAUUUUGUUUCUUCGAUAAGGUUAUGGGUUCGUUUUGGGGUCAUCAAUGGAAGAAUACAGCGGGAAAGCAAGCUUAGAAACUAUUGAAGUGAACUAAACUUCUUGUGCCAUUGGAAAUUUUUACCGUGUGUUCAUGCCAAAUUGCCAAUGGACUGAAAUCAGAACUUUAACCUUUUUUUAUGUACAUAUGAUGUGAUGAGAGAUCAUAUUUUAGCUAAUUUUUUCUCCUUGUAUUUUGCCGCCUUUGGCUAAUGAGAACCCGAAGACUUGUGUAUGGGUGUUAUUGUAAUUGCGUUUGCCUCAAGUAGAAGGAAGAUCUAUGGAAAGAAAUGAUUUCCUUGCA